UUGAGUUCUGGCUGCAGUGGCAUUACCAUGGCUUCACAAGGCCUUCAGAUCAUGGGUGUGAUGCUAGCCUUUGGUGGCUGGAUAGGCACCAUCGUCACCUGCGCUCUGCCCAUGUGGAGAGUCACCGCUUUCAUUGGGGCAAACAUCGUCACGGCUCAAGUGAUCUGGGAAGGCUUGUGGAUGAGCUGCGUGGUCCAGAGCACAGGCCAGAUGCAGUGUAAAGUUUAUGACUCCAUGCUGGCCCUACCUCAAGACAUGCAGGCUGCCAGAGCCAUGGUCAUCAUCUCUGUCAUCGUCGGCGUGUUCGGUGUCCUCAUGGCCGUGGUUGGAGGAAAGUGCACCAACUGCAUGGAGGAUGAAGUGGCCAAAGCCAAAGCCUGCAUUGUAUCUGGUGUGGUUUUCAUAAUAGCCGCCUUCCUGAUCAUGAUCCCUGUGUCGUGGUCAGCUCAUGCAGUGAUCAGGGACUUUUAUAACCCCCUGGUGAUCGAGGCUCAGAGGAGGGAACUUGGGGCGGCACUCUAUAUUGGCUGGGGCUCUGCUGGGCUGCUGCUGAUGGGAGGGGGCCUGCUCUGCACCAGCUGCCCCCCAAAAGAUGGGAGACGUUAUGUACCUGCAAAGUUCACCCCUGCUAGAACCGUAUCAUCAAAUGCAGACUAUGUGUGA